UCUUCUAAGUCACUAUUUUGGUUCAUGGAUGUCCAUUAUUCAUGAAUUCUUUAACCAUGGAUCGCUGUUUUACUCUUGGCAUUUGUGCCAUGGCCAACAAGGUCCAGAGUGCACCAAUGCGUUCUAUUUUGCGUUAUUUGAAAGCAGCAGGCGACUUUGAAAUAAUCAUUUUCCCCGAAGAGACAAUAUUACACCGCCCGGUAACGGAAUGGCCUAUAGUUGAGUGUCUCAUCGCAUUUUAUUCCACUCACUUCCCGUUGGAGAAAGCCAUUGAAUAUGUUAAGAGGUACAAACCUAUUGUGUUGAACGAUGUUGAGAAGCAGCGUAUAUUUCGUUCUCGCUUAGAUGUCUACCGUGAAUUACAGGCUUGUCAUGUUCCUCAUCCAAAUUAUGUAGUUGUUGACCAUUUAUCUGUAAAGGAGGGAAAGGCUACAUUUGAGGAGCACAUAGAUUACAUCGUAUAUAACAAUGUUAAGAUAAACAAGCCUUUUAUUGAGAAAUCCCUUGACGCUGAUGAUCAUGACAAUUGGAUUUAUUAUCCGAGUAACACGGGAGGUGGAUGCAAGAAGCUGUUUCGUAAGAUUCAGGAUAGGAGUUCACGUUACUGUGCUGACGUUCAAUCAGUAAGGCGCGACUCUACGUACAUAUAUGAGGAAUUCAUGUCUACAUUUGGAACAGACAUUAAGGUAUAUACCGUUGGUUGUAUGUUUGCACACGCCGAGGCAAGGAAGUCACCAACUCUUGAUGGGAAGGUGGACCGUAACACAGAGGGAAAGGAAGUAAGAUUCCCUGUUAUAUUGAGUGCUAAGGAAAAAGCUAUUGCAUAUCGUAUUGUUGAACAUUUCGGUCAGGCUGUUUGUGGUUUCGAUAUACUGCGUACUAUUAACGGUCCUUACGUUUGCGAUAUAAAUGGCUGGUCCUUCGUCAAGAACAGUAGGCAUCACAUGGACUUGAGCCAGAUCAUCCGCAUAAUGUUUUUACUCAAGCUGCAACUUAAAUAUAAUAUAACACUGGGUAAUGUAAUACCUGCUCGCAUUGUUACUAAGGAGACUGCUGAAGCACUGAAGAAGACGUUUGCAGACAUUGAACAUCAGGGUGAUAAGGCCCGGUCACGUGAAGAGCUAUGUUCUGUUGUUGUUGUGAUGCGUCAUGCAGAUCGUAAGCCCAAACAGAAGUUAAAGAUACUGACAUCUCAUCCACUCAUCAUGGAAUACUUUGAGGGCAAUCCUAAGAAGCAGAUAAACCUGAAGUCUCCUGAGGCAAUGGCGAAGUUUAUUGAGGUGAAUAAAAUAAUUGUCCAGGAACUUGAGGAGGAGUUCGAUUCCUUUGUUCUAGGUGCUAGCACUACUGACAAUGGACUUGAUAUGCAUGAUAGUCCUGAAUUUCGUGAAUUAGGUGAACGUCUAUCAUUGCACAAGGAGUUGCAGCAGGUGCUCGACUUUUCUGAUGAGUUCUCUAGCAUCAACCAUAAGAUUCAAUUAAAGGCGAAAUUUGAUGGUGCCAACCAAAUUAAAAAAGUAUUAUUGGUCGCUAAAUGGGGAGGUGAACUAACUUGCGUUGGUGAAUGCCAGGCUGAAGACCUUGGUCGUCGAUUUCGCCAAUCGUUGUAUCCCACCGAUUGUACCGGCCUAAUUCGAUUACACAGCACUUAUCGUCAUGAUUUUAAGAUAUUCACGUCCAUUGAAGGUCGAUGUCAGCUUACUAGCGCUGCUUUCACAAAGGGUAUGCUAGAUCUGGAGGGUGAAUUAACCCCGAUAUUGGUUGCAAUGACAAUUCGUGACAAGAAAGCGCAGCUUCUAUUGGAUGAUAAUGUAGAGGUCAAGGAGCGCAAUGAGUGUAAGGAACGUCUGGGUCACAUUAUGGAGAAUUGGGAAGAUCGUGCCAAGGUGGAUGAACUGCUGUCAGAGAUGGACGCGGACCAGGCAAAGUUCUAUCGUCGUAUUGUUGAGCAGUUGAACAUAAAAAAUUCUGAGAUACAUCGCCUUAACGAUCUUUUAAAGGAUUUCAUGAACGCUAUUGAGCAUGAAAUGACUAAGUGGAUGUACCUAUAUUCCGUUGACGAAUAUGCCACUACGGUUCUUGAUAUAUUACAGGAGAUGAAAUCUCGUUGGAAAUGUUUGCUUGGUAAAUUGUUUAAGAAACGUAACAACCUAUUCCAGUAUACAGCCAUUGCGGACAUCGUGGAUAAUCUACGUUAUGACUUAAUUCAUCACCACACAUACCUGGGCAGUGGCAUAGACAAGGCCUUUGAGAUAUACAACAUAGUAGAGCCGUUAUCAGCCAUAUUGUCUCCGUGUGAAUAUGGUGUUACUCCUCAUGAGCGAUUGACCAUUGGUACCAAGGUUGCUGGUAAGCUACUUGGGAAGAUUGUGCACGACGUUACUCUCCACAAAAACGCGUGCGACGAUGCCAAUAAAUCGUUGGAUCAGCAGCGUAGCCGAGACGAGUUGUACGCUAAAUUGGUUGAGCAGAGUUUCAUUGGCCACAGACAUGAUGGUAGUUUAAGUCGUGCCCUUGAUCGUUAUUACGGUAGCGAUAUAAACACAGACGGCGACUCGUGGAACGAUGGUUUGAGCACUGCCGGUAGUGUCGAACUGAAUGGAACUGAUCCAUUGGAAAAAAUAUCGCUUAUCGCAUCGACAUCUGCCAGUGCUGCUUCUGUUGCUGCCAAUAGUUUGGCUGUUACGUCUGUUGGCAUCAGCGGCGCUGUUAAACCCUGUGACAUGAUGUAUAUUGGUGGCAUAAAACCUAAUGAGAUGAAUCGCCUUAAUGCACCCACAGAGAUGCAGGAAAUUUGGGAUUUGUUAUCAAGUGGUUCUGAAUUAAGCGAGCCCAUAGAAAUCAAUUCCAACGUUGCGUGGUCGCUGUCUAAGGAGAGCAGUAAAAAAUGCAGGGAGGACGGCUACCAAAGUAGCAGUUCAAGUGGUGACGAUGGUGACAUGGUUCGUCAGGAGUACACAGAGGCUCGUAAUAUGAGCAUCCACAUGUCGCAUCGUAUGGUACGUUCUCGUUAUUACGUAACAUCGGCAUCUAUAUUAUUUUCAUUGUUAAACUUUUUGAAAUACGCUCAUUACUUGGACGAUAACCCGGAAACCUCUAAGCCACUGGUGCAUUACAGUACCCGUGACUUGCAUUAUUUAUCGCAUGUUGUACUUCGUGUAUGGUGGAGUUUUAAUUCUGACAAUAAACCGGUUUACCGAUUAGAGAUAAUGGUUAGUCCCGGUGCUAAGGACGGUUUCGGACAGAAUUACGAGAUUUUAGCGGAGAAUGCAAAAUCUCAGAAGCACAAGUACCGUAGGCACAUAUCAAGGUUUAAUCUUGACUACGUUCGUGGUCAAGUGUUUUGUAAGCAUUGCGGUGAUUUAAUAGAUCCUGAUUUUGUCAGAUCUCAGUUUUUGGAGAACAUUCGCGUUAAAUCCAUCAACGGUUCCGGCGUACGUCGUGCGGUAUCUACAACUAACUUACCGUCGCGUGCUAAGGAGGACGAAAACGUCGAUAAUCUUAAAAUGGGUUGGAUAUCUGCUGGUGGCAACGUAGAUCGUGAUGAUGUUCAGAAGAAAGCAUCUCGAUGGUAUCGUUGUCAGCGUUGUGCAGGCAAUAUUACUGAUCUGCCUGAGGAGUGUCUAUCACGCCAGGUGAGCCAGAAUCAUGAAACAGUAGACGUAGGCGACUCACCCUGUGCCGUUUGGAGCAGUUCGUGUUCUCCAGAUGCUGCAUUUUCACCCGCUAGGGAGUUAAGUAUCGGUUCCACCAUACAGGGUCGUCCAAGUAGUGCCGUACCGCCCUAUUGUGAACUAAGUCGUCUGAUGAUCAUCAAUUACAAUUGUGAUAUAAACCGUUUCGAGCAAUUAGUAAUGAAGGCAUCUAAGCUAAUGGAGUGAUGUACA